AUGUCAAGGCCGGAAUUCUUUCAAAAGCCCAGAAAACCUUUAAGACAGGAAGAAAAGUUUGAAGAGAUUCCAAGGACAACGCUCGAGCACUUGUGUAGCUUUAAUAUCCGUGAUCCACCGCAGGUGAUACGUAAAACAGGAAUCAUAUGCACUAUAGGUCCUUCUUGCCGCUCCGUGGAUAUGCUCAAGCAAAUGAUCACAACUGGCAUGAACGUUGCUCGCCUGAACUUCUCUCAUGGAAGUCAUGAAUAUCAUGGAGGAACAAUUGCCAACAUCCGCAAGGCCGUUGAAUCAUUCAGCAAUAACGUACAAGUUGCUAUUGCACUCGACACGAAGGGACCUGAAAUUCGUACGGGCCUUCUCUCUGGAGGAGCGACUGCAGAGGUCGAGCUUGUGAAAGGUAAAAAAAUUGUCCUCACAACCGAUGCGAAAUAUAAGGAGUCGUGUAGUGCGGAGACACUUUAUCUCGAUUAUAAAAACAUCGCCAAGGUAGUCAGCAAAGGGUCUCGCGUUUACGUUGACGAUGGUCUAAUUUCACUCGUCGUUGAUGAAAUCAAAGAUGAUGAACUGCAUUGUACUAUUGAAAACGGCGGUAUGCUUGGCAGCCGCAAAGGUGUCAAUCUUCCUGGAGCAAUUGUUGACCUCCCAGCCGUUUCUGAAAAGGAUAUUCAGGACCUUAAAUUCGGUGUCGAACAGGGAGUUGAUAUGAUCUUUGCAUCAUUCAUAAGGAAUGCUGAAGGGAUUCGAGUCAUGCGUAAGGUGCUCGGUGAUAAAGGGAAAAACAUCAAGAUCAUAGCAAAAAUUGAAAAUCAAGAGGGUAUGGAGAAGGCAGAUGAGAUCAUUGCCGAAGCAGACGGAAUUAUGGUGGCAAGAGGCGAUCUCGGCAUCGAAAUCCCCACCGAGAAAGUGUUUGUUGCACAAAAGAUGUUGAUAGCAAAGUGCAAUCGAGCUGGAAAACCUGUUAUCUGUGCCACACAAAUGCUCGAAUCCAUGACGAAAAAACCUCGUCCAACACGUGCAGAAGGAGGCGAUGUUGCCAACGCCGUUCUUGAUGGAGCGGAUUGUGUAAUGUUGUCCGGUGAAACAGCAAAAGGUGACUAUCCAAUUGAGACAGUGAAGACGAUGGGUUUCAUAUGCAAGGAGGCAGAAGCCGUGUUCCCAUAUCGAAGAUUCUUCCACAAUGCACUCCUAAGCACCAUUCGACCAACUGAUAUGACGAUGACUACCGCACUUGCUGCUGUAAUUGCAGCUGACAAUUGUCAUGCUGCUGCAAUAGUAGUCAGCACUUCCUGUGGACGAAGUGCUAUGUGUUGUUCCCGAUACAGAGGCCCUGUUCCAAUAAUUGCGGUGUGCAGGAAUGCUAACGUUUGUCGUCAGUUGAACAUUUUUAGAGCUGUUUUCCCCAUUCUCUACAACAAACCCGCUGCAGAAUUCAAUGCAGAACUCGACAGCAAAGUGAAUUUCGCUAUAGAGUAUGGCAAAGAGAAUGGAUUUAUUAACCGAGGGGAUUUCAUAGUAGUGGUGAACGGAUGGAAGCAAGGAAGCGGAUUCACUAACACGAUGAGGAUCGUCACUGCAUCCUAA